CACCUUCAUCACUCUGCUGAACAUCCUUUGCUGCAGAACAAAGUGCAGCACAAAAUAUGAAAAAAAUCCAUCCCAUGGCUUUUCCAGAUCACGUUAUAAUAACACACUUUAUCUAGAAGAUACCACACAUCUUCGAAAUCUGCAUUUCCAAGUUUUAAUUCUCAAAUGUAAACACCACCAAUCAUCAAAUCUCUAAAUGUAGCAAUCGUAAAUAAAACACAAACUAACCGUCUUAUUUCAAACAUCCACUGAGGCGCUACGACAGCGCUACAACAAUUUUUACUCCCUUUGAAUGCAAAGCGCACACUAUUAUAGUAAUGUAAAAAAAAAAAAUGCUUUAAAAGCUCUGUAAUUUUCAUUAGAGGUUCAAAAUGUAUAAACUAAAUUAUUACGAUCCACUGUCCGCCAGGGGGGGGAAAAAAACUUGCUGCUAAAUAUGAAGGAAAACUUUCAAUGUAGCUCUGUUCUUCAUCAGAAAUAAAAGGAUGGCUUUAGUUUCUGUUACUACUUUUAUUUCAAAGUACUUUUCUUUCGUAUACAACAAAAUUUUCUCUGCACUCUGAAACUACGGAAAAUACGAAAGUCCAUGUUGCCAAUGGCACCUGAUGUUCAGGCAGAAAGGUUGAUAUUCAAGUGCAGCGUUUGUUUAUAUAACUUUGAACUUUUAUACCAAUCAACUUUAAGAAAAAUGAGCCAGAUCUACAUCCAAGAGCCACCGACAAAUGGAAAGAUUCUCCUGCAUACUACUGUUGGAGAUAUAGAUAUUGAAUUGUGGUCAAAAGAAACCCCUAAAGCUUGCCGUAAUUUUGUUCAGUUAUGCCUGGAAGGAUAUUACAAUGGAACAACUUUUCAUCGAGUUGUAAAAGAAUUUAUAGUUCAAGGUGGUGAUCCGAAUGGAGAUGGUACGGGUGGAGAAUCUAUAUAUGGUCAUCCUUUUAAGGAUGAGUUUCACAGUCGCCUGCGAUUUGUUCGUCGUGGUUUGGUUGCAAUGGCAAAUUCCGGUAAAAACGAUAAUGGAAGUCAAUUUUUUUUUACUCUUGGCCCUACACCUGAAUUACAGAAUAAAAAUACUAUAUUUGGCAAGGUUACUGGAAAUACUUUAUAUAACAUGCUGAAACUGGAAGAAGGUCUAGUUGAUGCUGAUGACAAGCCUCUAUAUCCUCACAAAAUUAUAUCAUGCAAGGUGUUAUCUAAUCCAUUUCCGGAUAUUAUUCCAAGGGUAGUGGAACAGGUUCCUCAAGAUGUUCCUGAGAAACCAAAAGAAAAAGUUAAAAAAAAUUUUAAACUAUUGUCUUUUGGAGAAGAAGCUGAAGAAGACGAAGCUGAAAUGGAGGCUGUAAAUGAGGUUUAUAAAGGCCAGAGUAAAAGUAGUCAUGAUUUAGCUAAUGACCCAAAACUAAGUUCAGUUCCAGCAAUAAAUCUAUCUGAUAAUAGAACAUCCUAUCAAGAAUCAAAAGCUAUAACUCUUGAGAAUAUAAAAAAGAAAUUUGAGCAUGCGAUUACAAAUAAAUCUCUUGAAGAGCCAAAAAUUUCAAAUGAAAAAGAGGAAUUGGAAGAUAGUGCAGUUGAUGAAAGGAAAGAAAUUCAAAAGCAAAUUAAAGAACUAAAAAGAGAAUUAAGUAAGAAAAAAUCUGCAAAAUCUGAGGUUCCUGAGGAGAAAGUUCAAAAAGAGGAAGUUAAAGAAGAGAACAGUGUGCUUUCCGAGUAUCAUAAGCAGUUAGCCAAAUAUGCAAACAAAUCAAAAUCUAUUUCAUGUAAGGGUACUACAGAAAGAGAGCAACAGACUUUAAAAUUUUUAAAAAAGUUUAAAAAUUCAUUAGAAACAGCCAAAAGGUCAAGCCAUUCUGAUGAAGAGUCUAUUGGUAAAGAUGAUGAUAACAUAGCAUGGAUGGUGCAUUCCCUUUGUGCUGAGGAUCAGAAAGUAGUUUUGGCCAAAGAUGCAAAUUUACCUUCAGCUGAUCGAUAUGAAUUAUCUGAUCCUCGAAAUCCUAUUACCGAAAGGAGGAGGAAAGCAAAGAAACAAAAAACAUGAAGUUUUUCAUUUCAUUUGUACAUAUGUAAAUAAAUGUUUGUUUUGGUAUGAUAUAUAUAGGGCAAGUAUGAUAUAUAUAGGUACAUACAGGUAUGAUAUAUAUAGGACAUUGUAAAAUUAUGUAUAGUACAUAUGAUGUUUAUA